AUGGGCAAUUCUAAUAUAAAGCAGCAUAUCGAAACCGCCUCUAAAACGGGGGCUUGUCAGCUGUCUCGCAUGGGUUUGAAAGAACUUCCUCCUGAUUUGAUGAGGCUCACUAAAAACCUUCGCACUUUAGACGUUUCCCACAACAAAAUCCAGCAUCUAUGUCCCCCGAAUCUCGGCCUGUUCACCAUGCUAAGACAGUUGGUGGUCAGUGACAAUCAACUCCAUCAUCUUCCAGACGAAGAAAUGAAACAGUUGAAAAAACUUGAGUGCCUUUCAGCUGAAAUGAACUUUCUUACUUCUUUGCCCCCAGCCAUUGCAUCUUUGGCCAAUUUAAGAACUGUCAACCUCUCCAAAAACCUUUUCCAGGUUUUCCCAGAACAGUUAUGCUGUCUUAAGAAUUUGGAUGCUGUCGAUCUCUCAUGUAAUCGAAUUACGAGAUUCCCAGCCAACAUUAAUGAAUUACACGCCAUAGAGUUAAACUUGAACCAAAAUCAGGUGUCCACUUUGCCUGAGGGACUUGCAGAAUGUCCCCGACUUAAAGUUUUGCGUCUUGAAGAGAAUUGCUUGGAUAUAACCGCAUUUACACCAAACAUCAUGAAGAAUUCUCAAGUCAGCGUAAAAAUGUUUGUCAAUAAAAGAGAAUUUUACUUAUUAAAUCUGAAGGCUUGUUUUUUAUUUGAAUAA